UGUGUUUUUUGUGUGCGAGUGUGUGUGUGUUGAACUGAGCGGAGGUGAAGAAGAGGAGGAUGAAGCUGGGAGCGGAGGAUGGGAGGAAGAGUGGAGUAAGAGACAGGCUAGCUGUGUGUGAAUGAGUGAGUGAGAGAGGAAGAGGAGAGGAAGGUCGUCUGAGGGACCGAAAACAAAGACUUGGAUCUUUUGGGGAUAACCUCCGGAACCUUACUAACGGAAACUUUCAACUUUUUACCCGCCACAGCUCGGCUCGUAGUGCCCGGAGCCGGCUUUGUUUCACGGCGGGGGUGUCUACGAUAAAUGAAGGAAUAAAAUAGAUCCCCAUCGACCUUUUUCUACCCAAGCGGGGAAUACCCGGGGACUGUUUUUGUUAAAGGUUACGAGAGAAUGGCGGCCAACAUGUACCGAGUGGGAGAUUACGUGUACUUUGAGAACUCCUCCAGCAACCCCUACCUGAUCCGCAGAAUAGAAGAGCUUAACAAGACAGCCAAUGGGAACGUGGAGGCAAAGGUGGUGUGUCUCUUCAGGAGGCGAGACAUCUCAGGCAACCUCAACACCCUGGCUGACAGCAAUGCAAGAGAGUUCGAGGAGGAGUCGAAGCAGCCGACGCUGUCUGAACAACAGAAACACCAGCUCAAACACAGAGAACUCUUCCUGUCUCGACAGUUUGAAUCCUUACCUGCUACUCACAUACGGGGGAAAUGUAACGUCACCCUCCUCAAUGAAACAGACGUUUUGGCUGGCUACCUGGAUAAAGAGGACUGCUUCUUCUACUCGUUGGUGUUUGACCCUGUCCAGAAGACCCUACUGGCAGACCAGGGCGAGAUCCGGGUGGGCUCCAAGUACCAGGCAGAGAUCCCUGACAAGCUAGCCGAGGGUGAAUCAGACAACCGGGUCCAGGAGAAGCUGGAGACCAAGGUGUGGGACCCCAACAACCAGCUCAAAGACCCUCAGAUUGACCAGUUCCUGGUGGUGGCAAGAGCUGUGGGGACAUUUGCUCGGGCGCUGGACUGCAGCAGCUCCAUUCGCCAGCCCAGCCUCCAUAUGAGCGCAGCUGCAGCCUCAAGAGACAUCACACUGGCAGCAAACCCCGAACAUGAAACGGCUGGCACCGCAGGCUUUCAGAAAGGAGACUCAGCUCGCCUCGAGCAGAGCCUCCCCACGUACACAUCACAGGCUGCAGGGGUGCCCUACCCAGCCAACGGGAGGCCGUACACUUCAGGUAUGAGGACCACCUCUCAGUCUGUCAUCAAGCGGCAGAAGGUCAGCCAGGGGGAGGCACCCAACCCUGUGGUGUUUGUGGCUACAAAGGACACCAGGGCUCUGAGGAAACACCUGACCCAGUCGGAGAUGCGUCGGGCAGCGCGGAAGCCUCAUCUCCUGGUUCGGAUCAAGCUGCCGCCACCCCCUCGCUCCCUGGCCAUGCCCCUGCUCCCCUCCAGCACCAGCGAACCCAUUGUCCUGGAGGACUGAAGGGGGAGGGACACAGGGGUUCUUUCAACAGGACACGGGGGGGUUGGGUGGGAGUUGGGGAGGGUCUGUGCUCAGGCCAUCGACUUAACAGGCAGCACAGUACGCCAUACCAGUAGUCUUUUAUUUUCCCUCUUUUCAGUGUCAUUUUUCUUUAGUCCUCUGUUACUUCCCAAAUGUUGUGUCCAACACACACACACACACCACACACACACACAACACACACACACACACACACACACACACACACAAACAAACACUCAGAUGACCGUACAUUUCAUAUUAAACACACACAGCAUCAGCACUCACACAACGCCUUGGGCUUUGUAGUAUUUUAUUCCAGAUCCUGAAUUAUUUUGCUCCUCUUUUUCAAUGCCGCCUGUUUUUAAAUGUGUAAUUUAAAUCAAGAUCCUGAAACAAUGGUGAUAAAGCACACUUUGUUUUUCCUCCA